UGGUUUGUUGGCUUUGUGUUUUUAUUUGAAUUCUUGGUUUUGGUUUGGUUUUUUUAUUCCUUUUCACAGGUAGGAUACUCCCAGCACUCUACCAGUGGGUGGUUGGUUCCCGGCCGUGGUACACCUGUCUGUCCUCUCCUCUUCCUCCCUUUUUAGAGAUCAGGACUGAUCACCAAUCAUGAAGAUCAGAGGUCAUAGAGAAACAGUGGUCAGCUUUUGCUGUCCGAAGUUUGCUGCCAUCUUCCUUUUCCUGGCUGUGUUUGUCCUCAUCUUUUUGCUUUUUAACAUGGAUGCCCUGAAGUUUCAGCAUAAGGUGAUCACCACUUUCCCUGCUCCAAGACCUCACCUGCAACACCGCUUCUGCAGCUUCCAGCCGCGGUCCCCUGAAGAUGCUCUGGAGGAACGCCUCCUAUUAGACUCCAUUGCUUGGCCUGAAACUCCAUCCUUGCCAGUUCCUCUUUCCCUGGAGCAGACCACUGAUCCUGCCCACAGCACCUUCACUAUUCUCCCUGAGAAGGGUGGACGACAGUGGCAUGUAGGGGAUCAGCUGGAAGUUCUGAUCAAAACGUAUGACUUCAAGGGCCGUCCGAAGAAGUCUGGGGGAGAUGUCUUACUUGCCCGUCUGCACAACCGAGCACUUGGUGCAGGUGUGGCUGGACAAGUGUUGGAUCAUCUCAAUGGCUCCUACUCUGCUGUAUUUUCCUUACCCUGGGAGGGAAGCGCACAGGUUGAGGUGACGCUGGUUCACCCCAGUGAGGCUGUCACAGUGUUGCACAGGCUGACCAGAGAACAGCCAGAUAGGAUUUCUUUCCGGAGUGUCUUCCGCUCAGGCUCAGUCUCUGAAACCACCACCUGCAAUGUCUGCCUGCGUCCGACCCAGCAGCCACUGUGCAACUACACUGACCUCAUUACAGGUGAGCCGUGGUUCUGCUACAAGCCAAAGAAGCUGAGCUGUGACGCCAGGAUCACCAACUACAAUGGCGGGUUUCAUAAACAGCUCAAGGCUCAGGAGGAGAAGCUCUUUCGAAGUGGUGUCAACAUGAAAGUCUACAUUCGAGCUUCAGGAUCUGCUAGUGUCACCGUGUUGCCAAAAAAUAAAGAUCAACCAGAGGUGAAGAGCAGCAUUGUACAUUCUGGUCCUGUUGGCUAUUACUACCAGGGUGCAUGGCAAGCAUUAAGUGGCACCAAAGUCCGCCAUUUCAACACAUCGUCUGUCAUCAGUCAGUGUCUGAAAGGCAAGGUCGUCCACCUGUAUGGAGACUCUACCAUCAGGCAGUGGUUUGAACACCUCAACGCAGUACUGCCAGAUCUCAAGCAGUUUAAUCUGCACAGUACAGUUCAAGUUGGACCUUUCAUGGCUUUAGACUACGCAAACAACAUUUUGGUGAAUUUCCGAUUCCACGGUCCCCCUGUCCGUUCUAGAAAUGUCCCAGCCAUCGAGCUGCACUACAUUGCCAAUGAACUAGACCAUGUAGUUGGAGGCACCAACACCGUUGUAGUUUUUGGCAUCUGGGCACACUUCAGCACUUUCCCCAUCGAGCUCUACAUCCAGCGGCUGCAGAGCAUCCGCAGGGCGGUAGUGCGGCUGCUGGACAGGGCUCCAGGCACAUUGGUUUUAAUCCGGACUGCAAACCCCAAAACUAUGACGCUUGAUGCAGCACUGACCAAUAGCGACUGGUACUCGCUGCAGCGUGACAAGGUACUCAGAGCCAUGUUCAAAGGACUGAAUGUUCAUCUGCUGGACGUCUGGGAGAUGGUCUUGGCCCACCACCUGCCACACAACCUCCAUCCACAACCUCCCAUUAUUAAGAAUAUCAUUGAUGUUGUUUUGUCCUACAUCUGCCCUCAAAAGGGCAGCUAGAUGAGUAUUUGUUGGGGGAAAGGAGUGUGAACUCACAUACAUGUGCUGAGUCUACAUGUUUCUGUGUUUCUGCCAGGUGCUGAAAUUCACCUACUAUUUUCUAUCAUUUUUCUAUUUUUCACCAAUAUUGAUACAGAGGCCUGGUUCUAAAUUAGCUUGUCUAUGAUAAAUGGUAUAGUUUAGUUGUAAUAGUUUAAUAGUAAAAGUUUAGCUUAGCAGAAAUAAUGGAAACACUUGGAAACACAGCUAGCUUGGCUCUGUCCAAAGGUAACUAAAUCCACCUAUAAGCACCUCUAAAGCUUACUAACACACAUUGUAUAUUGUUUGUUUCCGUGCAAAAACAAAAGUAUAAAUAUGACAGUUUGUGUUAGUGUAUUUCUUUGCCCAUCACAGAGACUUUCUGGAGUCCCUGCUGGUUGCCUGGCAACCCCAAAUUGUCAUUAAGUGUACCUUGAUUUCCGUACAGAUGAGAUAUAACAUGUUAAUAAAUUAACUUUAGAGGUUCUGAUUGGCCAAUUUUGUUACCUUUUGUAGGAGCCAAGCUAGCUGUUUCAAGUCUUAAUGCUGAGGAAAGCUAAUUGGCUGCUGGCUCCCAUAAUGUAUAUAUACAAAUAUAAUGUAUAUAUACAAU